GUUAACGGGACCCACCCUUCGAAAUUAAGGAUCUUUCGCUUCAGGUAAUGGGACCCACCCUUAGAAAUUAAGGAUCUUUCUCGAAGGUUAUGGAAUGGGUAGACAUGGGUUUGUCCAAAAGGUGGUCGGUGACCUUUCUUUCCUCGACUCGUCACCCUUCGCGAAGCUAUUGGACUCUUGCGUUCGAUACAAGUCUGGACUUGACGCACGUCGCAUUCACGCUCGAAUCAUUAAGACGCAGUUUUCCUCUGAAAUCUUUAUUCAGAACAGGCUCGUUGAUGUUUAUGCGAAAUGCGGUUGUUUGGAGGACGCACGCAAGGUGUUUGAUCAUAUGCCCCAGAGGAACACUUUCAGUUAUAACGCAAUAUUAAGCGCGUUGACAAAGUCAGGGGGUCUUGAUGAGGCUUUGAACUUCUUUAAGUGGAUGCCGGAGCCUGAUCAAUGCUCGUGGAAUGCCAUGGUCUCAGGUUUUGCCCAACAUGAUCGCUUUGAGGAAGCUUUGAAAUUCUUUGUUGAUAUGCACCAUGAGAAUUUUAUGCUAAAUGAGUAUUCGUUUGGGAGUGCUCUUAGUGCUUGUGCAGGGUUGACAGACUUGAAUAUGGGCGUUCAAAUCCAUGCUUUGAUAUCAAAGUCUCAUUACUCAUCAGAUGUUUACAUGGGUUCUGCUCUUGUUGAUAUGUACUCUAAGUGUGGGGUUGUGGACUGUGCUCAAAGGGCUUUUGAUUGCAUGGUUGUGAGAAAUAUAGUUUCUUGGAACAGUUUGAUUACAUGCUAUGAGCAAAAUGGUCCAGCGGGAAAAGCUCUAGAGGUUUUUGUAAGGAUGAUGAAUAGUGGGAUUGAACCUGAUGAGAUUACUCUAGCCAGUGUGGUUAGUGCUUGUGCAAGCUUGUCAGCAAUUAGGGAAGGUUUGCAAAUUCAUGCUCGUGUUGUGAAAUGGGACAAAUUCCGGAAAGACCUUGUGUUAGGCAAUGCUUUGGUUGAUAUGUACGCAAAAUGCAGCAGAGUUAAUGAAGCUAGACUGGUUUUUGAUAGGAUGCCACUUAGGGAUGUGGUGUCUGAAACCUCCAUGGUUAGUGGCUACGCAAAGGCAGCAAGUGUGAAAGCCGCGAGAUUGAUGUUUUCAAACAUGAUGGAGAGGAAUGUGGUGUCUUGGAAUGCCCUUAUUGCAGGUUAUACACAAAAUGGAGAGAAUGAAGAAGCAGUAAGACUUUUCCUCCUCCUAAAGAGGGAAUCCGUCUGGCCAACCCAUUACACCUUUGGGAAUCUACUUAAUGCAUGUGCAAAUCUGGCUGAUCUGAAGCUUGGUAGACAGGCUCAUACUCACAUUUUGAAGCAUGGGUUUUGGUUCCAGUCUGGAGAAGAAUCUGAUAUUUUUGUGGGGAAUUCUCUCAUUGACAUGUACAUGAAAUGUGGAUUGGUUGAAGAUGGAUGCCUGGUUUUUGACCACAUGGUAGAAAGGGAUAAUGUCUCAUGGAAUGCCAUGAUAGUGGGAUAUGCACAAAAUGGUUAUGGUACAGAGGCCCUUGAAACAUUCAGGAAAAUGCUGGAUUCUAAAGAAAAACCAGAUCAUGUUACUAUGAUAGGAGUUCUAACUGGAUGUAGCCAUGCAGGACUUGUUGAAGAAGGACGUCAUUACUUCAAGUCAAUGAGGACUGAGCAUGGUUUAUCACCAGUGAAGGACCAUUAUACAUGCAUGGUUGAUUUACUCGGUCGGGCUGGUUGCCUUGAUGAAGCAAACAAUUUGAUACAGGAAAUGCCAAUGCAGCCUGAUGCUGUUGUCUGGGGAUCUUUACUUGCUGCUUGUAAGGUUCAUGGGAACAUUAAAUUAGGGAAGUAUGUGGCAGAAAAGCUCUUAGAAAUUGAUCCCUUGAACUCUGGACCUUAUGUUCUUCUUUCAAAUAUGUAUGCUGAGCUUGGUAGAUGGAAAGAUGUGGUAAGAGUCCGGAAACAGAUGAGGCAACGAGGAGUAAUUAAGCAACCUGGUUGCAGUUGGAUUGAAAUUCAGAGUCGUGUGCAUGUUUUCAUGGUGAAAGAUAAAAGGCACCCUUUUAAGAAGGACAUCUAUUUAGUUUUGAAAAUUCUCACAGAUCAGAUGAAGCGAGCUGGCUAUGUGCCAGAAGUUGAUGAUGAUGAGUUUUGUGAGGAGGAAAGUGACUCUGAACUUAUCUUACAUUGUGAAAUGGAAAUGGCAGCAGAUUCUGUAGUUGGAUAAAAAAAAGGAUAAAUCCCAGGCACAAGGCUCCCUCACUUGCAAAGGGUAGAGGUGAAGAUCAAUUAUAGCAAUCUUACCCUUAUAAUUUUUCAAAUACAUAUAGCUUUGGGCAUCCUUAACUAGGAAGUAGGGAGAUUUGAUAUUAAACGUUCUUUUCUUAGAAUUUGAGCCUUGGCACAACGGUUAUUAUUGUUUUCACGUGGAGGUCAUAGGUUGUUAGAGACAUAUAAAACUAUUAGUGUAGCUUCACACAUUAGCUUAAGCUUCUGGGUUGAAUCGAUUCUUUACAUAGGUUCUAUUCAUAUGUAUUCAACCUUUUGCAAAUGCAGGGUAAGAAUUCAACUACAGAGCAGGUUGCCCCCCUUCUUAGGAAUUUGAUCGAAGACUAUAAAUUUGAAACGAAGUUUCCUCCAAAAUUUCUAGGGGGUUUAAGUUAAAUGUAUAAGCUAAUACACAGCUAUAUAGCCUUGAAUGCACACCUCAGUUUUUGGUACGACUUGCUUCAAUGCAACUAAGAAAGAUGAGCUCGAAAAGGUUAAGCACCACUUUUACAGAAUACCGC